AUGGUGCUGCGGCUCCGCGUCGAUGGCAAGUCCUUUAGAGAUCCCCACGAUCGGGAGAUCAUUUUGAGGGGCAUCAACGUGGCUGCCGAUGCCAAGUAUCCCAGGACUCCGGAUAUCCCAUCUCACUUUGGAGACAAGUUCUUCGAGGGGGACGACGUCUCCUUUGUUGGACGGCCAUUCUCUAUUGAGGACUCGCAUACACACUUCAAACGGUUGAGAAAGCUGGGAUACAAUACUAUCAGAUACAUCUUUACAUGGGAAGCCAUCGAGCAUUCUGGGCCUGGGAUCUAUGACGAUGAAUGGAUUGCCUUCACUAUCGAAGUCCUUCGUAUCGCGAAGCAAUAUGAGUUUUAUGUUUUCAUGGACCCGCAUCAGGAUGUCUGGUCCCGGUUCUCAGGGGGAUCAGGUGCUCCCUUGUGGACGCUGUAUGCAGCGGGGCUGAAUCCUCAAAGUUUCAAGAAGACUGGAGCUGCCUUUGUUCACAAUACAUAUGAUAUCCCGGCUGAGUAUCCUAAAAUGAUUUGGAGCACAAACUACACCCGACUUGCCUGCCAGACCAUCUUCACGCUCUUCUGGGCUGGACGAGACUUUGCGCCAAAGGCCAUAAUCGACGGUGUGAACAUCCAAGACUACCUUCAGAGUCAUUUCAUCGAAUCUUGUAAACAUCUGGCGCAGAAGAUUCACGAAGCUGGGGAUCUGGAACAUGAUGUGAUCAUUGGCUGGGAAACCAUGAACGAGCCACAUCGUGGCUUGAUUGGAUUCCAGGAUAUUUCAGUGGUCCCAGCGGACCAGCAGCUGAAGCUUGGAACAUCCCCAACGGCGUUUCAAGCAAUAUUAACUGGAUCUGGAAGAGCUUGUGAACAAACAACUUGGGCCUUUGGCAAUUUUGGCCCAACCCAAACGGGCAGAGAGCUUGUGGAUCCAGAAGGAGAAUUAGCCUGGCUGCCAGCCGAUUAUGAUGACAGCAAAUAUGGCUGGCAAAGAGACCCUAGCUGGAAGCUUGGAGAAUGUAUCUGGGCCCAGCAUGGUGUAUGGGAUCCAGAAACCGAUACACUGCUACAGAAGGACUACUUCUCGAAAGUACCAAGCACAGGGGAUCCAUUAAACUAUGAGGUAUUCACGAAUACUUACUUCAUGCAACACUACAGGGCGUAUCGGGAUGCUAUUCGCAGCUCGUGGCCGGAAGCCAUUCUACUAUGCCAACCCCCUGUGAUGGAAAUCCCGCCUGAUCUGAAAGGAACCAUCGAUGAUGAUCCAAAUAUGGUUCAUGCAGCUCAUUAUUAUGAUGGUCUCACGCUUUUGACGAAACAUUGGAACCGUUUGUAUAAUGUAGAUGUCAUCGGUGUUCUUCGGGGCAAAUACUUAGCGCCGGCGUUUGCAGUAAAAUUCGGCGAAACGGCGAUUCGAAACUGUUUGCGUGAUCAGCUCAAAUUUCUCCGUGAUGAGAGUUUCAAUUACAUGGGCAACCACCCCCUGGUUUUCACCGAAAUCGGAAUUCCUUAUGAUAUGGAUGACAAGCAUGCAUACAAGACCGGUGAUUACAGCAGUCAGAUCAGUGCCAUGGACGCUAAUCAUUUCGCCCUUGAGGGCAGCACUUCUAAUGGAUUCACUUUGUGGGUGUAUGAGACAGAGAACAAUCAUGAGUGGGGAGAUCAGUGGAAUGGAGAGGAUUUGUCAAUCUUUUCUUCUGACGAUUCGGAACUCCCGAUAUCUAGCGCUGGCGUUUCAUUAGACCCCACCUCUCCAGCGUACUCUGAUAGCCACAAUAGUGCAGACGAGCCAGGAGUUGAGCCACACAAUCUCAAAGGUGCUCUCGCAGCACCCUCCAUCUCCAGCGUUCAAUCAAAGGCGGAACGGGCAUUUAAGGGAUAUCGUGCGGCAGAGGCAUAUCUUCGUCCAAGCCCAAUAUACGUUCACAGCACCUUAGAAAACCAUGUGUUUGAUCUCAAGAGCUGCAUCUUCAGCAUGUCGCUGACCGCUCCAUCAGCCACACGGACAGAUGCACCGACUGAGAUCUACCUCCCUGAAUUCCAUUUCCCGGCCGAGGACACUGCUGUCUCAGUCAGUGGCGGGAAGUGGGAGAUUGAGUUUUACGAUAUUCAGACCAUCCGGGUUCAGCGGUUGAGAUGGUGGCACGCUGAAGGAGAGCAGCAAAUCAAGAUCGAAGGAGUCAAGCGCAAAGCAGGCGAUUAUUCCAACUUAACUGGAGAUUUGUCAUACCUCGAGCUAUGCCAGCGAGGCCAAUGCACGAUUAUGUGA